AUGCAGCCUGUUGAUACUUUCGGCUUUUUGAAGUCCCAAAUCCAGAUACCCAGUGAAUCCGCCGGUCGAGUUGGGACUCCAUCACUGCCUCCUGGACUUCCCUUGCCCCAGUCACACCCAGCUUCUGCUGUCUUCCAGGACCAAUUGAGCCUGUCGAAGCCGACCUCUCCGGCCCCGAGCAUUCCUCCUGGUCUAAGCGUCAAUGUUUCUCGCGUUGGGUCACCAUCCCAAAAGAACUUGUCAAAUGACCCCCUGAGCAUGACUCCAGAGCCAUCUCGUCCACCUGUCACAUCAGCGCGGGAGAAAAGCGCAUCGCAAAUCUCUUUGGGCUCCCCAGUCGCCAAAGCUGCUAGCAAGGCUCGAGCGCAUACGAAGCUAGACUUAUCGACUUUGGAGGAGAAGAAACCGCAACCUAAAGACGACAAGAUCCAUCCCGUGGGCACAAAACCAGAGCAAGUCACCUUGAGCAUGCAUCUGGCCUCCCAGGAACACACAUCGACGAAAUCAGACCAUAGCACGCCCAUUGCUUCGGGAGCAACGCCAGGCCUGGGUAAUGUCAGCUCACGCCCUCAUACGCCGUCGACCACCAAUCCCCGUGUCCCAGAACCUUCUGCUUUGCGGCAGCCACGGAUCUUGCGUGUUGUUGACACUCCCAAGACCGAGGUCGCUUUGUCACCCGCGAACGCACCCUCGCCGAAUGGGGUCGCCACCAAGCCGGUCAAGACGCAAUCCCGAAGACAGAGUCUAUCUUCUAGUAGCAGACCUGAAACACCUGGGGACUUUGGCUCGGAAGCUGAUACAUUCCCAUCGGCUUCUGCAUCCCGUGCAAGCUCUCCGCACGCUACUUCGCGUAUUGGCUCUGCCCCAGUGCGCUCCAUCACAAAGAGCCAGCUCAAAAAGGAAAGACGACAGAAAGCGAAGGAGGCGGAGGCGAAACAAGCGGAGGCUACAGCUCCAGAGGAACCCGUUCAAGCUCCAAUCGUUGGGCGUAAGCGAAAGACAAAGAAGGCACCGACUACUACGCCCUCCUCUGUGGACGCUGCCGUGUCAACUGCGUCUGAGUCUGCGGAGCUCGCCAAAUCGAUGUCUCCUCCCCCCAAAAAGGUAGAACCAAAACCCGAACCAGUCAAAAAAGCCCGGGACAAGGAGCAACCUCAGCCGGCACCCAAGUUGGCGACUAAGCCGGCUCCUGCGUUGGAGCAUCCCCCUCCCCCCUCUCCCCCUACACCUCCGCAAGCCCCUGAAGAACCAUGGCGCUCCCACAACACUGUAGAGCAAUUGGUCAAGGAUGCGGAAGAAUCCGGCCGCCCUGUCAAGGACCUUUUUAUUGAAAGAACCAAGCCGCUGCAUGAGUUACUUGUCGAACUGCACAAAUCCGGCGAUCUAGAUUUACACAAAAGCUCGCUUUUCAACCCUGCGAAUAUCACACAACGCACUGACAUGAAGGGCAUUGGCUCAGACUAUUAUAUGCUGAACCAGCCCCUGGAGCUACUUGAGUCACAUCGACAGUCCUUGAUGCGUGGGCAACCGGUGCGAAUCGACGCAGAGCACCUCUUUGACCGCUGUCUGAUCACGCCUCGUGGAUGUGUCCUACAUCACCUUUCUGUUGAAGAGGAGGAUCGAUACCUGGAAUUGGAGAAGAAACGGGGUGCUCAUGUGGAUCCCUUUGUUGUUGGUGAUGACUCGAGCAAUAUCAACGGUGGACUGGACGCUCUCUACGCCACUCCCGAAAAGUACAACAUUUGCUGGGUGGAUGAUGAGUCUGCUCACACGGAUGCAGCCUCGCACCAUCAGGUUGUGAAUGGAAGCGAUUCGGUCAUCCCACCGAAUGUCCUGUCUGCAAUGGAAGCGGAUAACACGCGCAGUCACGAUUGGGCUGUUGCCCAUUCGGCCGAGCUCCUCCAGACUACGACCGCUGCUGUCCGCUCUUUCGCUGCUGCGACUGCGAAACAAAUGCUGGGCUCAACCGGUGACCUUGGAAGCAACGCCACCAUCGAUGAGGUCGCUGCGAUGACCAAUGACGAGCUCAAAGAGCUUGCCGGCCUGUCGCAGAAGGACUUGGAAACCACGCGAAAAGAGCUGGAUUCUUUGGAUAAGAAAUUUGCUGCUCUUCUUCGCCGGAACAAGAAGAUUCAGCAGGCCGCCUUGUCCUUGGUCGAGAGCACUUGA